UUCGUGCAAUCGGCCCCAUACCUACUGGUAAUGCACAUAGCACAGUAUCGGCUGCUGGCGUAGGUGGCACUGUACGCACGUGUAGCAGGAUCUCCUCCGACCGGUUCCCCAUCAAAUCACACGGGACACUGACGGCUGAUUUUGUCUGAGAAUUCCGCUGAAUGACGUAUUCUUGCGUAGCGCAGCAGGCGAUCUCUAAGUUAGACUACACUAAGUCUUUAAGAUAGAGUCCAGAAAAAUAAUCUCAAUAUGACGGCAGCAAGAUCAAGACUCCCUCCAUUACCCACUAUCAGAGAAAUUAUCAGAUUAUAUGGACUUCGAGCAGAAAAGCAUCUUGCUCAGAACUUCAUCCUCGAUUUGAAACUGACAGAUAAGAUUGUCCGUCAAGCUGGAAGUCUCCAGGGAUCCCAUGUUUGCGAAGUAGGACCAGGACCUGGUGGUAUCACUAGAUCUAUCAUCAAUCAAGGAGUAAAAGACCUCUUGGUUAUUGAGAAGGAUACCAGAUUCAUCCCCAGUUUGGAGAUGUUAACUGAAGCAACAGAAGGGAGAGUGAGAGUAGCUUGUGGUGAUAUCUUACGGUUCAAGUUUGAAAAUGCCUUCCCUGGUCAUAUCAAGAAAGAAUGGGAUGAUGAUCCUCCCAAUCUCCACAUAAUUGGAAACCUGCCUUUCAAUGUCUCUCUUCCUCUGAUGUUACGAUGGUUAGAAGCUGUAGCCGAGAGGACCGGUCCAUUCUCAUAUGGGAGAACUCGUAUGCUACUCACAUUCCAAAAAGAAGUUGCCGAGAGAUUAACAGCGCCACCUGGUGACAUCCAGCGAAGCAGGUUGUCAAUAAUGGCCCAACAUCUAUGUGAUGUCAAACAGUGUUUUGUGAUACCUGGCACAGCAUUCGUUCCCAAACCACAGAUAGAUGUGGGUGUCGUUCAUCUCACCCCACUUCAAGAGCCAGAGAUAAAGGUACCCUUCAAAAUGGUGGAGAAGCUAGUGAGGUGUGUCUUUCAUUUCAGAAGGAAAUACUGCAAACGUGGAAUUGAGACACUGUUUCCAUUGGAGAGACAGGAUUUGACCCAGGAAGUGUUUGAUACCUCUGGAGUUGACCCCACCCAACGACCUCUGUGGUUGACCAUGGAAGAGUUCAAUGCACUCUGUCUUUCCUAUAGAAACAUAUGUGAGCGGAUACCCGGGAUGUUUGCCUACAACUACAGAUGAGAAAACAACCGAUGGUUCUAAAAUAAUUGUUUGCGGUUAGUUUCAGCAGUUGGUUUGCUGAAGACACGGCUUUACAUCCUAUCCAAAGGACGCUGUGAUACGUACGAAGCUGGGCUGCCAGACUAUGGAAUCAAAUGAAUGGUUUCUAAGAAUAUGCAUGGUUGGAGAUCAUGUAAUGUGUGCACCUUCUCUGCAACCUCAAUAGCUGGUUGCAAUAUACAUGGUUUUACUGAGCUGCCAGACCAUGGAAUCACUUGCGGGCAAUUCUUUGUCACGUGUGUGACCGAAAUCAUGACAUU